AUUGUUUAUGUUUUUUGUGAUAAUUCGCCGCGUGCACAUUUUUGCGCUAGUAUUUCCAAAGUUUGUAAUAAAUAAAUAAAAAAGCAUUUUGUAUUUUGCAAAUUUAAAAUGGCAAAUGCUGAAACCAGUGAAGAUGCUCACACUGCCACCAUAAAGGAGUUAAUAACAUUUAUGCAUCCCACACAAAGGCUGGAUUUGAAAGCGGUAGCAUUGACACAUGUGCUUUCUUUGACUGGUUCUGAAGAGGGCAAGAAAGCCAUCUUGACACUAAAUGAUGUGCUAGUAGCGCUUUUCAAUCUCACAAACGAUGACAAUCAUACUGUGGCCAAGGAUGCCAUAUUGAGCCUUAUCAAUCUGUCUGCGGAAGGAGAGGGCGCUAUACGAGUGUAUGAAACUGCAAAGUCGCUUAUUCCAGCUUUUCCCUUGAUUUCCGAGGCUAUUAAGCAAAUAACAGACGAGAAAUCCAAGCUGGCAGAUCCCUGGACUAUGGUGCUGAGUAAUUUGACGCGUAGUGAAAAGUUAGUUGAAGACAUAAUUAUUGAACUGGAAAAAGAUAGUAAGACACUGCCUAGUCUACUAAAAGCAUUCACAAAAUUGGACUAUAAUAAUGAGAAGGCGAGGUUGCAUUAUUUAGCUCCAAUCUUUUGUAACCUGACGCAAAGUGGCAGAGGACGAAAACUGGCUUGCAAUGCCAAAUAUGAUUUCCUUGAAAAAAUUUUACCUUUCGCUUCAUACGAACCCUCAAUUGUGCGCCGUGGUGGCACUAUAGGUAUUUUAAAAAAUAUUUGCUUCGAUCCCAUGUAUCACAGCAUUAUUUUGAAUGAAAAAGAUGACAUACUACAUGCGAUACUCUAUCCACUUUGUGGUCCCGAAGAGUUCACCGAUGAAGAGAAUGAUAAAUUGCCAUUGGAACUGCAAUACCUCCCUGAAACGAAAACACGCGAAGAAGAUCCAGAUUUGCGCAAAAUGCUCUUAGAAUCACUGCUUCAGCUAUGUGCAACAAAGCGAUAUCGAGAGAUUUUGCGUUCGAAAAGUGUUUAUGAAAUAUUGCGUGAAUAUCACAAAUGGGAAUCAAAAUUUGGCAAAGAUAAAGAAUGUCUGUUGGCGUGCGAGAAUGUAGUGGAUAUUUUAAUAAAGAAAGAAGAGGAAAUUGGCUUGGACAACUAUAAAGAAGUAGAUGUACCUGAAGAUGUUGCACAUAAAUUUGUAAAGGAAGAUAAUGAGUAUCUGCAGAAUGUUUUAUGAGUAGUCUGAUAAGUUUAACUAUAUUUGUAAACUGUAGUAAAUAAAUGUUUUCCAAAAUAUACAUAA